UUGGAGUUUGUGAGCGGAGUGUGAUUUUGGAGCGAACCUCUACCCAUGCUGUUUUAAAGCAGACCUGCUCUAUCUCCCAGUGAGUGCUGGUACCAGGACGGAGAGCUGAUCGAUGAUGAUGCUGGAGAGGAGCAGAGUGACCAUGGUGGCUGACAUCUUCUUCAGCAGGAGACACUCUGAGACAGAGGACACCAUUCACUGUCGCUGCUCCAGAGCCUUCGUACAGGAUCGGGAGCUGUAUAGAUCCGAUAAUAGGUUACUCUGCACAGACCAGGCUGACUCUACAGUUGGAGAAACAGACGAUGAAGAGGAGGAGGAGGAGGAGCAGGGGUUGGAUGAAGAGGCCCUGUUAAUGGUCAGCAUGGGUCUGCCCCUGGCAUUUGCCAGCUCCUCCAAUCAGAGAACAGAGGGAAGAAAAUCAAACAGAAAGCCUGCUGCAUGCUGGGAAGAACCAUGUGAGGAGGAGGAAACUGAACAAGAUCUACAGAAAGAAGACACAACUGAUCAGAAGGAAGAAAGUGAUCUGCUUGAGCAAGGAACAGGAGGGAGCCAAGAUGCCGGCUGGGACGCCUACUGGGCUCAACAAGGUGAAACUUUACUCUGGAACAGCUGGCUGGAGAAGCAUCCAGAACCUGAUCCUGUGUCUGCAGGAGAUCCUGGAACAGCAGCUGCUCCCUGGGACGACCCAGACACACAAGCUGCAUGGGACAGUCAUGCAGCAGAGACGUACUACUACUACUGGGAGCAGUACUCAUUCUGGGCAGCACAGGGCUGGACUACUGAUCUAACAAGCUGCACAGGCAACACGGAUGAAGAGGAAUCAGCUGGGGGGACCAGUUGCAGCACAGAGACAUGCACAAAGGAGUGGACAGAUGGACUGAGCGCAGCCGAAGGCCUACAAAGACAAGAGGGAACAGGCGCCAAGGAUAUUGACAAAUUAAAUGAUUUGCUUGAGCAGAACUGCACGUUAAAAGCUGAUGGGACUGACUCAACAGGCAAACAGCAUGUGUCUGUAGCGGAUAGGAAUGUAAUCGGUGGCUCUGGUGAGCCCUCUGAUGGCGGGAACGACCGCAAGAGACCUGCUAGCACCUCACAGAAAAGCGCAGCUGAACAGAAAGAUUCCCAGCAGCAGAUUUCCCACCGCUCUGACAGAGCGCACGACUCAGAGAAUAAGUCAGGAGAAGAAGAAGGUGACGGUGAUGACAAACAUCCAAGGAGAGGACAUGCUAAAGUCAAACGCAGUCAUGAGCUGGAUGUGGAGGAAACCCCAAAUCUGACACCAGAAGAGGCUUGGAGCAAACUGGGUCUCAAACACAACUCUAACCCUCAGUUUUACAGUGUACUAAAAUUUAAAGGCAGAGAUGAUCAGAAGAGUCAGAGGAAGUGGCAGAAGAAGAGAGCAGUCUGCAGCGUCAACAAACACAUCAGAUUCUCUGAGACGGAUAGCAGCAACACAGCGCCCCAGAUGAGCACCACUCUCUGCAAGGUCAAAGACUUUCUUCAAAAGAACCAAUAUGCCCAAGGUGAGACUGGAGGAGUAAAGGAACUAAAACCUGAAGAUAAUCCCUCAUUUCUUUGUGAAGCGGCGGCACAGGAGGAGAAGAGAGGGAGAGAGGAGGAGAAGACUCCUAAGGGAAGAAUAGAGGAAGGGAUUGAAGGAGAGAGUUCUUGUACUUCCACUCCUCCUCCAUCCUCCUUUCACUCUUCAAUCUGGACUAUGGAGCAGGAGGAGGGGGAAGAAGAAAAACAACCUGGGAGACAAUUAGUAUGUUUAGAAACUCCUGAUUUUCUCCUGCUUGAUGCACCUGAUGACAGCAGUGAGUUAAGCAUGCAGGAAAAACAGAAACCAACAAAGAAGAAAAGAAAGCAAAGAAUGAAGCAGCAAAUCCCAGAGGAGAUGGCAGCUGAACCAGAGCUUGCCAAAUACUGGGCUCAACGCUACAGACUCUUCUCUCGCUUCGAUGAAGGGAUCAAGCUGGACCGAGAGGGCUGGUUCUCUGUGACCCCGGAGAGGAUCGCUGAGCACAUCGCCCUCAGGGUGGAGCACAGCUUCCCUGACUCCCAUCUCAUCAUAGAUGCCUUCUGUGGGGUUGGAGGAAAUGCCAUCCAGUUUGCACUCACUGGAAAGAGAGUCCUGGCUAUUGAUAUCGACCCGGUGAGAUUAGAUUUGGCACGGCACAACGCAACAGUUUACAACGUGGCCCACUUAAUCGACUUUGUGCAAGGGGACUUCCUUCAGCUGGCACCCCACCUCUGUGGCGAUGUGGUCUUUCUUUCACCACCAUGGGGAGGGCCGGACUACCUGACUGCUGAGGUGUUUGACAUCAGGACCAUGAUGGAGCCUGAUGGAUUUAAGAUUUUCCACCUGGCCAAACUGAUAUCAGACAACAUCGUCUACUUUCUGCCCCGAAAUGCUGAUAUAGACCAGAUAGCCUCUCUCGCCAGUCCUGGAGGCAAAGUGGAAGUGGAGCAGAACCUCCUGAACAACAAACUGAAGACGGUGACCGCUUACUUUGGCAGCUUGAUCAAUUCAGACACAGAGUAACUCCAGCAAAAAGGGGACUUCUGUCCUGGACCUUAUUUGAAUGGAACAAAAAUAUAUUCCUUCUUUAUUUCUCAAAUUUUAAACAUUCUAAAUGACAGCUAGAGAUCAUAUUAUGUAUUUAUUUACACAGUCAUCUUCUCUGCUUUUAUUCAUGAGGAUUUUGUUGUUUCUAAAUGAAUAUAUUUUAUAAAUUAGUCUAAUGAUCACAGAACAGUUUCUGAUGCCACUGGAAGUCUGAGUUACUGCUGUUGGUUUUAUAAAUCCCUCACAUUUAGUGAAAACUUGAGAAAGACUGUUGGUAUGAGACUUUUACAAUAUUUUUUUCUAUUGUGUUUCAAUUGUACAUAGGAGUUAAUAAAGAGUUUUCAUAAAGCUGUUUGUCAUCUUCAUUGUUUAUAAUAAGACUCAUUCUGAUUACACUGAAGUUUCAGACCUGGUUCAGGUUUCACUACUGCACCGCAGUUAAAGAUUAUGUCAACUGAUCAAACAGUUUAAUAAUGGAGUACAUACUGUACGAUAAUUAGUAGCUGAUUUUCUGAAUCGAUUACAUUAGUUUUAAAUAUCAGUCAAACAAAAUGAAAAGAAAUCUCAAUGUAAAAUCGAUGUAGAGCAGUGAUUUAGCAGUCAGUGUUGAUGGAUUGAAUUUCUAACAACUAAUUUAAGUAUGUAAAGUCCCUCUAAUGGUAUAAAGGUCAAUGAUACAGACUUCUAUCAGUUGAAGCCAUUUUCUAAGGCUUUGGGACUCCAUUGAACCACAGUGAGAGCCAUUGUCCACAAAUGGAGAAAAAUGAACAGUGGUGCACCUUCCUAGGAGUGUCCUGCCUACCAAAAUAACUACAAGAGUGCAUCAACAACUCAUCCAGGAGGUAAAAAAGAACCCAGAACAUCUAAAGACCUGCAGGCCUCACUUAACUUAGUUAAGGUCAGAGUUCAUGAAUCAACAAUAAGAAAGACUCUGGGCA